UGGUCAGUUCCAUGAAUAGAAGGCGCUGAUUGGUCCGGAUGCGCUGUCUGUCAGAGCGCCGGGACCACGCUGUUCUAUUGUGUAAUUGUCCUUCAUCCAGCCUGCAUAAUGCCGACAUCUCCUGUUAAAACGCGGAUCCCCCUCACGAGCUUCGGUCAUCUGAUCACAGAGGUGAAGAAGCAGCUUUUUGGCAUUGAGGCCCCGGCUUCAGUGGAUCUGACUGGCUGGAGGAAACACUUUAACAGCUACACUCUGCAGGGUCGCAGAAAUUGCGUCUUGGUGACCUACGGGAUCCUGGCCGUGACCGCGGCGGCCUACCUGAUGCACCGGCGGAAUAAGAAAGAGAAUCAGACGUCUGCCUCCACGGCCUGAAGCGCCGACUGCUCACAGCGCACUUUAUCUUCAUCAUGUGAAGCAAACGGCACGACACUUGAAGGAGUGAGAAAUCUGCCAGCUGAAAAGCUUAAUUUGUUAAUAAAUUCUUUUUCUGUGCGUGUCUGGUCAUUAUUCAGCGUUAUUAUGAGAAAAGGCUCGCUGGUUACCAUGGCGCCACAGAGAGUCUGCAGUAAAGCAGUUUCACCACAUGAUGACCAUCUGAUGC